AUGUCAAAAGGUGAAAAAGAAGCAAAAAAGUUAGAAGUUUUAGAAAAAGAAGCAGAAGCUGCAUUUCCAUACUUAGCUUCUGAUGAAAAAUCAUCUACUUUUAAAACUGCCGAAGAUCUUGAAUUUGAAUUGAAUUCUUCCUCGGAUAAACCAAAUUCUGAAAUGAAUACAUCAUCAUCAUCAUCAUCAUCAUCAUCACCUUCUAUUACAAAGAAAGAAACUAAACCUUGGGUUCAUUUUGUUGCUGGUGGUGUUGGUGGUACUGUUGGAGCAGUAGUUACUUCACCAUUAGAUGUUAUUAAAACUAGAUUGCAAUCGGAUGUUUAUCAUACUAUGUAUAAUAAGGUACCUAAAUCUGGUAAUCCUUUAAUUCAAGCUUUUCAACAUUUGGGAGAAACAGGGGCUGUGUUAAGAGGAAUGUAUCAAAGUGAAGGUGUUAGAUCAUUAUUUAAAGGAUUAGGACCUAAUUUAGUUGGUGUUAUUCCUGCAAGAUCAAUUAAUUUUUUCACCUAUGGAGCAAGUAAAGAUUUCUUGGUUAAAAAUUUUAGUAAAGAUAAACAGCAACCAAAUGAAGAAACUUGGAUGCAUUUAGUUUCUGGUAUAAAUGCUGGGUUUGUUACUUCAACUGCUACAAAUCCUAUUUGGUUGAUUAAAACAAGAUUACAAUUGGAUAAAUCAAAGGGUAAAAAUUAUAAAAAUUCAUGGGAUUGUCUUAAAUCAGUUAUUAAACAUGAAGGUUUUACUGGUUUAUAUAAAGGGUUAAGUGCUUCUUAUCUUGGAGGUAUUGAAUCAACUAUACAAUGGGUGUUGUAUGAACAAAUGAGAAUGUUUAUUAAUAAAAGAUCUUUACAAAUCCAUGGUUCUGAUCCAUCCAGAAAACAACUAAGGAUCAUGUUCUAG